AUGGCUACCACCAAGAUAUACGUAGUGUACUACUCCUUACAUGGACAUGUCGAGACUAUGGCACGCGAAGUACAGCGCGGUGUUAAUGCAGUCGAAGGUGUUGAAGCAACACUUUGGCAGGUACCUGAGACACUUCCCAGUAUCAUUCUGCAGAAAGUGAAGGCCCCUACCAAGGCAGAUGAUGUGCCGGAAAUAAGGCCAGAGCAACUUGUGGAAGCUGAUGGUUUCCUCUUUGGGUUUCCUUCUCGUUUUGGUGUGAUGGCAGCGCAGUUCAAGGCCUUCUUUGAUGCCACUCAUGAGAUAUGGGAAAAGCAAGCACUUGCUGGCAAACCUGCUGGGAUCUUCUGGAGUACUGGAUUUCAUGGGGGAGGGCAGGAGCUCACUGCAUUAACAGCCGUAACACAAUUAGCACAUCAUGGCAUGAUAUUUGUCCCUCUUGGCUACACAUUUGGAAGUGGCAUGUUUGAAAUGAGUGAGGUGAAGGGUGGAUCGUCUUAUGGCUCUGGAACAUUUGCAGCAGAUGGAUCUCGUCAGCCGACGGAGAUAGAACUCCAACAGGCAUUUUACCAGGGUAAAUAUGUGGCUCAAUUUGCAAAGAAGCUCAAAAGCUAA